CUAUUAUUAUUACAAACGUUUAUGAACGAGAACAAGAGAAUCGAUUUUUUUGACGUAUAAAAACAAAAACGUUUUGAUAUCCUAUCGACGGUUGUUACAUUAUAUAUUUUUUAUUAUUGCUAUCACAACUACUAUUACUAUGUGUUUGUUAACCGACGGGGCAAAACGAAGAGUGUUUUUCGAAUGAUGAUUGCAUUGUACACGGAUGACACGUACUCCCGUUGAAUAUAUAUUUGCUCGCGAACGAUAUGAAUACGCGCACUCGUUGUCCUUAUAAUAUUAUGAGAGAAUAUUACAGUUUUUUUUAUUUUCAACGCUUGUGUUUGACAUAGUUCCUUAGCCGUCUCUAUACCACCUACAUACUUACCGUCGAACGAGAGGAAUUACGUGCAUGCAGCCUAGUCGCUAAUAUUAUAUACUACCGAAUGGUAGGCAGUUCAUACGGGUCCAUGCGGCCGAUUAUUACUGAACUGGAUAACAACAAAAAAGGAUCGAUACGAACAGAUGUUGCAGAUCUUGUAUUGGUCAAGUACAAAUGUUCAUCAAACGGAGUACCUGUGACACAAACCAAUGGUUCGACGCUUCCCCUGGUACCCAGUACCAGCAAGGAUGCCGAGCUCGGUGGCUACGAUCCGUUCGAUCAUCGAGUGGUCCAACAUCCAACCACCGACAUGGAAACAUUCAUACAUCUAUUGAAAGGCAGUCUAGGCUCAGGCAUAUUGGCCAUGCCUUUAGCUUUCAUGAAUGCUGGACUGAUAUUUGGAUUGGUGGCAACCGCUAUUAUUGGAUUUGUCUGUACAUAUUGUGUUCACAUACUGGUAAGAUCCUCUCACAAAUUGUGUCGUAGAAUGCAAGUACCAGCAUUGGGAUUUGCUGAUGUUGCCGAAGUUGCCUUCCUUGCUGGACCUCCAGCCUUCCAAAAAUUUUCUGGGCUAUUCAGAGGCCUUGUUAACACGUUCCUAACUAUAGAUUUGCUUGGUUGCUGUUGCGUUUAUAUUGUAUUUGUUUCGCAAAAUUUAAAACAGGUUGUAGAUUCAUAUUUUGAAGCUGAAAUGAAUAUCAGAUGGUACAUGUUGAUAUUGAUGCCUUUUAUAAUCGCCAUGAAUUUAAUACGUAAUCUCAAGUAUCUAGCUCCAUUUUCAAUGAUUGCAAACUUUUUGGUUGGCAUUUGCAUGAGUAUCACCUUCUGGUAUAUGUUCCAAGAUAUGCCUUCAACUAAAACUGUAGAUUACAUAGCUGAUUGGCAUAAAUGGCCAUUAUUUUUUGGCACUGCAAUCUUUGCAUUGGAAGGAAUUGGCGUUGUGAUGCCAUUAGAAAACAAUAUGAAAACUCCACAGCACUUUAUUGGUUGUCCCAGCGUACUCAACUUUGGUAUGGCCAUAGUUGUUGUUUUGUAUUCUACUGUUGGUCUAUUUGGUUAUCUUAAGUAUGGAAAAGAAACUAAAGGAAGCAUUACACUGAAUCUACCUACUGAUGAAUUAUUAGCACAAUCUGUUAAAGUCAUGAUAGCUGUUGCUAUUUUCUUCACAUACAGUCUUCAAUUUUACGUACCUUUUGAAAUCAUCUGGAAAGGAACUAAGCACCGGUUCACUUCACACCCAGAUUUUUUUGAAUAUUUGCUCAGAGUGAUCUUGGUUGUGUGUACAGUUGGCAUUGCAAUCGCUGUACCUGAAUUAGGCCCAGUCAUAUCGCUUGUGGGAGCACUGUGUUUAUCAUUUUUGGGUUUAAUCUUGCCAAGCUGUAUUGAUCUGGUAACAACCUGGGAAGAGCCAGGAUUGGGCAAAGGAUACUGGCGUCUGUGGAAAAAUAUGAUCAUCAUUGCAUUUGGCAUAUUGGGCUUGGUCACUGGCGUCUAUAGUAGUAUGAUUGACAUCUUUGAAUUGUUCAAACAUUGAGCGUACACGUUAUUGUGAUUUUGAUUAAUAAGCUACGGCAGCGACACAAUUUCUCUCAUACAGACAGAACAGCAAUAUUAGCGUUGUCAAUUACAUCUUAGCGUCCAGUAAUAUUGUUUAAAAAAAAAAAAAAAAC